CAGGGAUGUAUUUACCACACGGCAAACAAGGCAUUUGCCUAGGGCGGCAUUUUUCAGGGGGGGGGGGACACAUGCGGCAUGGGGACCUGGUGGAUUCCGAGAGAGGCUGCGGGUUUCAUGACGGUGUAUGCACAGCCCGACUCUCGUUCCCGGGGAUGUCCAGAGCUGUGAAGGUGAGUGUUUUUCUCUCUCUCACCAUGGGAGAUGGUGGCUGGUGUAUGGGGGGCAGUGGUAGUGGAAGGCUCUCUUGGGUGGGAGGCAGGGGUGUUGUUGGUCAAUGUCAGGCUCUCUCUGCAGGGGGGCCGAUUUUUGUGUUGCCU